AUGAUGGAUAGCUUAAGGAACGAAGACAUGAAGCCGGAAGAACUGACAGCACUGUCUAUUGUAGUACAUCAACGACGACGUGAAACUUUUCACGACAUUGAAGCUCGUAUCGCCGAGUUGACGUAUCGAGUGCGCCUCGGUCUUGGGAGCUACGACGGUCUUAAUGGCAGUGUGAACGUCAGUGCGAACCCGGAUCACUUGUGCCCACCAAACAUGUUCCGAUUUACGGAUCUGCUGCUGGUUCUCACGAUGAGGGUUUUGCCUCUGGAAAGCCUCACAGUCCAGGAGAAGGUGGACGAGUUGGCUAUGCGUGGAUACGCCUUCCGCUGGCGCAGGGCCAUCGUCAUUCAGUCGACUUUCAGGAUGUUCCGAGUGCGACGUCGGAUGACCAGUAGGAUACGAAGAGCCAAGCGGGACAGCGAGAUUAAGCGCUUGGACAGUCUAUCGCUGAAUCUGUCCUCUCUCGCGCUUCCGGCGAUUCUGUCGUUGCGAACCGCAACUUCCGAGCGAUUACGAGCCCCCGCCUCAGUCGCGCCGAUUCUCUCGGAGCACUUAGAGCUGCAACCAGAAGCGAGCGACGGGAGGAAGUGCUCAAUCUAG